AUGCUCUUCAGCAUCCAUCGCCAACCUUUAAGUUUCAAGACUCUUUUCUUGUUGUGCGAUACGUUCACCACUUUAUUCGUGCGCCUACCACUAUGGCUCGUCAUAUACACGCCGCCAUUUAUGCGCAUCAAGAGAGGAUGGAGCCUGAAGCGCAUGAUCAUGAUUAGAUGGUGGCAACAUAUCUCUUCCCUGGGCAGGAUGCCAGUCAGGUUGUUGGAGUUCCCGGACCAUAGAGCUAUUGCUCCUGGAGAGAAGGGGGACUGGAUAGACCCCCUCCCUGAACAGCUCCUCGUUGGGCGUAUCCGAGAAAUGGCGACCGUCGCCGGUGAGAAACCCAUACGCCUCCCGGGCUACUGGAUUGAUAAGGAGGGUCAUGACAUCCCCUUCGGUGCGCCACCUCACCCGGGCGAAAAGGUGGUAUUCCACCUCCACGGGGGGGCUUAUGUUUUCCUCUCGGCUAGCCCUUCAGACCCGACCGCUGGCAUUAGUCGAGGGUUGCUCGAGCGACACCAGCCAAUCCAACGUGUAUUUUCGAUCGAGUACCGACUCACUUUAACGCCUGAGGGCAAGGCCGUCAAUCCAUUCCCCACGCAACUGAUAGAUGCUUUGUCGGGGUAUUAUUACCUGGUGCAUACCGUUGGAUUUAACCCAGCAGACAUUAUCGUCGAUGGUGAUUCAGCUGGGGGUAACUUGGCUCUUGCAUUGACUCGCUAUCUCGUGGACAACCAAGGACGUCCAGACGUGGAGAUCCCCGCCCCUCCAGGGAGGUUAUUGCUCAUAUCGCCCUGGUGCGAUAUGAGCCCCGUUCGCGCGGUACCCGGUUCGUCAUGGGUUGAAUUUGCCAGCACGGAUUACAUAGACGGGGUCGACAUCCCAAAGAAAGCGGAAUAUUUCUGCGGACCCUUCGGUCUUUCGGAGGCCGAAGUCAAUGAAUAUAUCUCUCCGGCAUCGACACAUCCGGAGCUCGAGGUUUCGUUCAAAGGCUUUCCGAGCACUUUCCUCCUUUGUGGCGGUUCGGAGGUGUUUCGCGAUCAAAUCCAUGUCCUGAGGGAUAGGAUGGUUCGGGAUCUUGGUGAAGAGGACGUUGCGUAUUACGAGCCUCCGGAUGCCAUCCACGAUUUCUUGAACAUGACGUGGUUAGAGCCGGAGCGAACAAAUUCAUGGAAUGAGAUUGGGCGGUGGCUGGCGCGGUAUUAG